GGGCGCGGGGCGGCUGAGGGCGGCGUCAGGGCCGCCCGCGGGAGCCUCCGGGCUGGCGGGGAGCGGCCGCAGGGCAUGCCAGCCGCCUGCCCCGAUGUUUCACUGGAGCAAGUGGAAGAAGAGGAUGGGAGCGAGCGCCUCCUCCUCCAAGAGACCCGUCUUCGACGAGCGGGAGGACGUGAACUUUGACCACUUCCAGAUUCUCCGGGCAAUUGGGAAGGGAAGCUUUGGCAAGGUGUGCAUUGUGCAGAAGAGAGACACGGAGAAGAUGUACGCCAUGAAGUACAUGAACAAGCAGCAGUGCAUCGAAAGGGACGAGGUGCGCAACGUGUUCAGGGAGCUGGAGAUCCUGCAGGAGAUCGAGCACGUGUUCCUGGUGAAUCUCUGGUAUUCCUUCCAGGAUGAGGAGGACAUGUUCAUGGUGGUGGACCUGCUCCUGGGAGGUGACCUGCGCUACCACCUGCAGCAAAACGUUCAGUUCACGGAGGAAACAGUCAAACUGUACAUCUGUGAGAUGGCGCUGGCUCUUGACUACCUGCGGAGCCAGCACAUCAUCCACAGAGAUGUAAAACCAGACAACAUCCUCCUCGAUGAACAAGGUCAUGCCCAUUUAACAGAUUUUAAUAUUGCAACAAUCAUUAGGGACGGUGAAAGAGCGACUGCAUUGGCUGGGACAAAGCCAUACAUGGCCCCGGAGAUUUUCCAUUCCUUCCUGAGCGGCGGGACGGGCUAUUCCUUCGAGGUGGACUGGUGGUCUCUGGGAAUCAUGGCGUACGAGCUGCUGCGGGGCUGGAGGCCGUACGACAUCCACUCCAACAACCCCGUGGAGUCCCUGGUGCAGCUCUUCAGCACCGUCAGCGUCCAGUACUCCUCGGCCUGGUCCAAGGAAAUGGUCGCGCUGCUGCGGAAGCUGCUGACAGUGAAUCCUGAGCAUCGCUUCUCCUGCCUGGCCCACAUCCAGGCCUCGGCGCACCUGUCGGGCGUGGUCUGGAGCGAUGUGUGCGAGAAGCGCGUGGAGCCGGGCUUCGUCCCCAACAAGGGCCGCCUGCACUGCGACCCCACCUUCGAGCUGGAGGAGAUGAUUCUGGAGUCAAGGCCCCUGCACAAGAAGAAGAAGAGGCUCGCAAAGAACAAGUCAAGGGAUAACAGCAAGGACAGCUCCCAGUCUGAAAAUGACUAUCUCCAGGAAUGCCUUGAAGCUAUCCAGCAGGACUUUGUCAUCUUCAACAGAGAGAAGCUGAAGAAGAGCCAAGAGCAGCCGAGCGAGUCCGUGUCCGCCUCCGAGACCACGGACGAAGCGGAGGCCGAGGCCGAGGCCGAGCCUCUGCACAUGUGCAGCUCCGUGUGCUCCUCGGGCAGCAGCUAGGCUGGGGCCGCCGGGCCAGGCCGCCCGCGCCCUCACCUGCCCUCAGGUGCGCUGAGCACCCGAGCCCGCCCCGCUGCCGCCGGACAGCGCCGGCAGCUCCCCUUGCAGAGCUGGAGCACACCUGAGUUCCCACAGGACUGCCCUCCCGGGCCGUGGGCCGCCAGCCCGGCACCAGGGCUGCCUGUCGGGGGAAGAUACGGCCUGUGCAACUUGUCAAGGGAGGAGGUCAACUUACGUAGUCCUUCUGUUUUAAUGUCAAGUUGCUGAUCUACACGUUCAUAAUGCAGUGAGAGGACAGGGAAAGAAGCCAUGUCCUCGGGUCCCACGGGGAGAGACAAGGAGCAGGGAGGAAGGCCAGAGAGGUGGUGUGAGUUUGACUUCGGCAUUCCCUGUUCACAGCUGCUGCUCUGGGGAUGGGCAGUCCCUGCGUAAACCAGAGCAGCCCCGGGGCCUCUCUGGCACCAGCUCCUGGCAGCCUCCAGCUGUUUGGGUCCUGCAGCUCAAGGGUGUCCCAGGCACCUCCAUGUCCUUGCGUCACCUGUCAGUUCCUUUCCCGAUUCAAGGCAAAUAAAUGGGUUUUGUGUACUCCAUGGAUUCUUCAGGGGCUGGGAAAUGUGUAUUUGAGAUGCAGAAUGCAUUUAAAAUAUUUUCUUCCUUGAUGUGGCUGCUGCAGGCAGUGAGGAGCCGUGGGAUGGAUCGGAGGGUCUGGCUCCACGUGGCCAGGUUCAGAGGACACAGUUUAUCAUGGGCUGAGAUUCUGUUGGAGGCAGAUGGGGUGGCCUUGCAAGGCUGCUUGGUUACGAAAGACAGGAAUAUCAAAUUUCACCCUUUGAUUUACUUUAUUUUCAGUGUAAAGUACAAGUACUGUAUAUAAUUUGCCAAUACCUGUCUUAACUUCUUAAUAAGAUGGGAAAUCUUCCCUUGCUGCAGCUGUGGAUGUUGCCUUUCUUGUUGCAGGGGCCUUCACUAUAUCAGUUGUUUAACCUGCUGCAGAGUGGUUUUUGGUUACUGUGGCUAAACCCGAGCCCUGCGGUGCCACACGACUGCUCUGGUGCCUCAGGUGUGCGGUGGGACCGCAGUCACCGUCAAACCAUCGGCAGCUGUUUGCUGCCAGACACUGGGAGGCUGCAGCGUUUGCAUCCGUACUGGAUAUUCCUAAUGCAAAAAUGGAUGGGAGAUGUUUUUAACAGGCCAGAUUCUGUCAGGACCAGUUUUGUUGUGGUUUUUGUUUCCAUGAAAAAAACAGAAAGGUGGAAUGGUGCGAAGUGAUCUUACACAAACUAGGACACAGUGCGUGUCUCUCACAGUUUUAUGUGGGAGUUAGUGUGUGGCUGAAAUUGUGCCGAGACGUUUUCAUGGAAGUCUUUAAGGGUGUGCAGGAGGAGGGGAGCCAAAGCUCUGAGUCCAGUUGCAUGGUUAUUUUCUGGGCAGAGCCAGUAGAUGCUGUCAGGCCCGGGGUCCCACCGGGGGUCCCUGGUGUCAGCCAUGGGUCCUGCACACCCCGUGCCUCGUUUGGAGCUGCGUUAAUGACGCCUCAGGGGCUGUGGCCAUUCAGUGAGCGAGGGCCGAAAUCAGCGUGUCCUCCUGCUCCUUCUCCCAGCUACAGGAGGGCACCUACGCUGGCUCUGAUCCCAGGCUGUGCUGGGGGAACCUGCCCUCUCUGCCUCCAGUGAGUUCCAGUCUCUUUACUGGGCACCAGCGAGGCCUAAUUACCUUCUCUCACCUGUCAGAGCUCGCCUUUGUGUGCAGGUGAGCCACGUGCUCUGGCCCCUUUGCUGUGCUGAGCAGCCCCUGCUCUCCACACGGGCAGCCUGUCCUCUGCCCGGGGCUCUGCGCUCACCUCGUGUCUCCAUCCCACAUCUCUCAGCUGGAACAACAGCUCUAUCCUGGCGCAGCAGGUGAGGAUCAAACCAUGCAUUUAGUUAUGGAUUACAGGUGAUUUACUCCACUGGUGUGGGUAGGGUUUUACAGUGAAUUCCAUUGCACUAUUUAGCAAUUUCCUGUAAAUAACAGUAAAAUUUUGGACUAUUGGAAUGAGAAUGAGCAUCACUGAUUUUUUUGACCAAACGAUCCCAUAGAUGAGUGAUGAAGAUAGAUCCUAUUCAGCCAGAAGCUCUCAGGCCAGGAGAGGUGUUGGCAGUUACAGGACGUGUGUAAUUGAUGUUUUCGUCGCUUUCCUUAGGACAGGAGACAAGUGGGCCCUGAAGUGGGGGUUGGUGUGUGUGGGAAGGAGCUGACUCACUUCUGAAACUGAGUUUUCUCAGCCCAAACCCUCUCCGUCAUCUGUUCCCCUUGCAGCACCCCUCUUCUUCAGUGCAUUGUGCAAAACAGCUCAGCGGCACCCAGCAGAAACCAGGAGAGCUUCUGGGGGGAUGCCUGGGAAUGGCUCCUUCCCAGGAGAAGCACUCUGGGCAGAUCCUGGCUACCUGGGAAAGCAGCUCUGGACUCCAGCACUGCAUCUCCAGGGCUGUGCUGGGGACAUUGCUGAACCUGAAUCCCCGAGAACAGCACCAGGACACAGAGCUCUGGGCUCAUUGUGCUGAGUGGGAGAGACACUGUGAACACAUCACUGAAGCGCUUGGUUUUGAUCUUAAAUAAUAUUUGGGCUUAACCUCUCCAGAGCCUGUCGGAGACAGGCUUUCACUGACACCCGUUUGCACUCAGUCCCUGGAGAAGAAGUGGCAAGAAAAGAGCAACUGGAAAAGGGACAAAUGAGAGCUCAGUGUUGUUUUCAUUGUCAGAAGCCCUGUGCUGGGUUUCAGUGCUCCUGUCCCCCCUGCGCCCCACUCUGGGCCCCUCUUGUGUCCCCAUCGCUGUGUCCCUGCAAUGAGCCUGUGCCCACCGAGCCGGACUGGCUCCUGUUGGCCCUGCACAUCUCUGUGGCUCCUGCCAGGGUGUCCCAUGUCUGGCUCACCCCAUCCACAAUGGAGUCCUGGGCGUUUGAUCCUCUCUCCUCCCUGUGCCACUCCCGUGGGUGUUCCCUGUCCCUGACCGAUGGCACAGGCUGGGUGGGGAUGGGGAGAAAGGUGUGGGGGCGUGGCAGGGUUGUGGUGCCCAUGUUGGUGCCAUCAUUUCGGCUGAGCCCUGGCUACUGCUGCUGAGCAAACCUCACAGUGAAGUUGUGGCAGAGCCCCGGUCCCAAAUCCCAGCUGGGAAGGUGUCACUAGCAGCUCUGGGUUACACCUCCACUACAGCCAGAACAUAGGAAUUUUCUGUACAUAAAUAUUUAAAUACCUGUAUUUUUUUGUAUGACAGAUUUAUACAGUGUGUGCCAUUAUCUGCUGUGAAAAGUCUACAGCACCUAUAAAUUAUUCUCCUUUAAUCACUUGCCAUGAGAUUGUUUUCUUAUCUCUGUUGUGUUACUAAGUUUUGCAAAGUUGCAUAUUUUUAAGCGUUUGCAUUGAAUUCCACAGCCUUCACUGGGAAUUUUGUGCAGAAGACAAAUGCCACGUCAGGUCCUGAUGUUUCUUCUGUUGCCAAUUCUCUAAUACUCCAGAGCUUGCCAAAAAGAGUCUAAGAGUAAUAAAAUAAUAGCAAAAAUGCCAGUAACAUGGACUUGACCCUGGACAGUGCUGAAAUCCUGCUGCCUUGGGAGGGUAUUUUUUAAAAUUAUUUCAGUGCAGAUAUAUGUAAAUAUAUCUUUGUAUUUUAUGUUAAUACAUUCCUGUAAUUUUCUUGCAUGACAAUUUUACCACGUCACAGACUAUUUAAGUUAUGACAAGGUUGUGUUUUUGCAGAUACUGCCGGAAGCCAUUGCACAUGUGGAGUAAUAAAUGUGUAUUUUUAACAUUG